GGAAAAUAACUUGGGCAAACAUCUUAUUGCUUCAGCUGCCUGCUGCUUGGAGGAUGUGCAAGUCUUAAAAUGACCUUGAUUAGCAAAGGCAGUCACAACGGAAACAUGAAGCUGCCACUCUUGGUGUUUAUUGUGUAUCUGCUGUGGUUGAAAGAUUGUCACUGUGCACCUAUGUGGAAGGACAAAACUGCUAUCCAUGGAGGCCUGAAGGGUUUUUCCAAGGCUGGGGAGAUAGAUAUAGAUGAAGAGGUGAAGAAGGCUUUGACUGGCAUGAAGCAAAUGAAAAUCCUGAUGGAAAGAAGAGAGGAGGAACAUAGCAACCUAAUGAGAACCCUGAAGAAAUGCAGAGAAGAAAAGCAGGAGGCUCUGAAACUUAUGAAUGAAGUUCAAGAACAUCUAGAAGAGGAAGAAAGGCUAUGCCAGGUGUCUUUGACAGGUUCCUGGGAUGAAUGCAAAUCUUGCCUGGAAAGUAACUGCAUGAGAUUUUAUACAACCUGCCAAAACAGUUGGUCCUCUAUGAAAAACAAGCUUGAACAUUUUUUCAGGAAGAUAUAUCAGUUUCUGUUUCCUUUCCAUGAAGAUAAUGAAAAAGACCUUCCCAUCGGUGAGAAGUUCGUUGAGGAAGAUGCACAACUGACCCAGAUAGAGAACAUGUUCAGCCAACUGACUGUGGAUGUGGGAUUUCUCUAUAACAGGAGUUUUGACGUCUUCAAACAGAUGCAGCAAGAAUUUGACCAGGCUUUUCAAUCAUAUUUCACGUCAGAUACAGACUUCAUGGAGCCUUACUUUUUUCCAGCUUUUUCCAAAGAGCCAGCAAAAAAAGCACAUCCUGUGCAAAGCUGGGACAUUCCCAGCUUCUUCCAGCUGUUUUGUAAUUUCAGUCUCUCUAUUUAUCAAAGUGUCAGUGCAACAGUUACUGAGAUGCUGAAGGCAAUCGAGGAUUUAUCAAAACAAGAUAAAGACUCCGCCCACGGCGGCCUGAGUAGGACGGCAUUGCCCGUGCGGGGCCGAGGGCUGUGCGGAGAGCUUCGCCAGAACUCGUCGGAAUGUUUCCAAUUUCACGCAAGAUGCCAAAAAUGUCAGGAUUACCUACGGGAAGACUGUCCUGAUGUUCCUAAACUAUACACAAAAGUAGAUGAGGCCCUUGAGUUGGUCAACAUAUCCAAUCAGCAGUAUGCCCAGGUUCUCCAGAUGACCCAGCAUCACUUGGAGGACACUACAUACCUGAUGGAGAAGAUGAGAGAACAGUUUGGCUGGGUGACAGAACUGGCAAACCAGACCCUAGGAACCAAGAACAUCUUCAAUUUCAUAAAGGUAGUUCCAGGUGUUCAUGAAGGAAAUUUUUCCAAACGAGAUGUAACGAUGACAGAGGUAAGCAUUCUGCCUUCCCCUAAUUUCACACUCACCAUCCCUCAUGAAGAAAGUGCUGAGAGUUCUAACUUCAUUAGCUACAUGCUGGCCAAAGUUGUACAGCAGUUUAAGGAACAUUUUAAAUCUUGGUAA